GGGACGCAACCCAAAUCAGGGGUUUCUGUUGUAAGCCAGCUGGACUGGCUUAAUUAAUGCAGGGCAUUUGAUUUUUUUUAUUAUAUAUAAAUAUAUAUAUUAAAGGUUUUAACGUCCAUGAUUUUAGGGAGUUUUAAUGAAUCCGGCCCACAGCAGGAACUGGAGGGUGUGAAUUCCUGGAACAAACGACACUGAUGCCAACCAAGAUAAUCAAGAGCACAGACUGAAGUUGAGAAAGAGUGUUUAGAGCUGGAGGAUCUGGAGAAGUGAUUGAACUGGAGGGACUGCGAAUGUGGUACAGCUGCUGGAAUCUUUGAAUCAAGUGGAGCAAGUACAGAGAAGAAAGCCCGGUUUCAGGAAGCGAGAAAAAAAAAGAGACAGAACAAGACAAAGUUACUUAGUGGAAGAAACGGCAGACGAAAGAAACGGGAGAAUGGGGAGGAAAAAGAUUCAGAUCACACGGAUUAUGGACGAACGUAACAGACAGGUGACCUUUACUAAGAGAAAGUUCGGAUUGAUGAAGAAAGCCUACGAGCUGAGCGUGCUGUGCGACUGCGAGAUCGCCCUCAUCAUCUUCAACAGCACCAACAAGCUCUUCCAGUACGCCAGCACAGACAUGGACAAGGUGCUCCUCAAGUACACCGAGUACAACGAGCCCCACGAGAGCAGGACCAACUCUGACAUUGUGGAGACAUUGAGAAAGAAGGGCCUAAACGGGUGUGACAGCCCAGACCCAGACGCAGACGACUCGGUGGGCCACAGCCCCGAGUCCGAGGACAAGUACCGCAAAAUCAACGAGGACAUAGACCUAAUGAUCAGCAGACAGAGACUGUGUGCCGUGCCUCCAUCCAACUACGAGAUGUCAGUGUCCAUCCCAGUGAGCAACCAGAUCUACAGCCACCCCGGUGGAUCUCUAGGAAACCAUAACCUGGUGCCGCUGGGCCAUCACGGCCUACAGAGAAACAGCAUGUCCCCGGGUGUCACACACAGACCUCCCAGCGCAGGUGGUCUGAUGGGGGCAGAUCUGACCACCGGCCCUGGCACCAGCGCCGGGAAGGAUGGCGUCCCCAACUUCUACAGAAACGGCUAUGGUAACCACCGCAACUCGCCCGGCCUGCUGGUGAGCUCCGGCGGCAUGAACAAGAACAUGCAAGCUAAGUCACCGCCACCUAUGAACCUGGGCAUGAACAACCGCAAGCCUGACCUGCGCGUGCUCAUCCCACCAGGAAGCAAGAACAACAUGCCGUCCAUCAAUCAGAGAAUAAACAACUCCCAGUCCGCACAGUCACUGGCGACCCCUGUGGUUUCUGUGGCAACACCCACCCUACCAGGACAGGGCAUGGGCGGCUACCCCUCAGCCAUCUCCACCUCCUAUGGUACCGAAUAUUCCCUGAACAGCGGGGACCUGUCAUCUAUAUCCGGUUUCAACAGUGCCAACACCCUGCAUCUGGGCUCCAUGAGUGGCUGGCAGCAGCAGCACCUUCAGAACAUGCAGCACUCCACCCUCGGCCAGCUGGGAAAUUGCACUAGCUCUCACUUAUGUCAGGGUUCAAAUCUCUCCCUGCCCUCUACCCAAAGCCUGCACAUCAAGUCCGAACCUGUUUCUCCUCCUAGAGACCGCUCCAGCAGCACCACGCCCGGAGGCUACGCCCCGCCCCCUUCCCACCAGCAGCCCCACCAGGCCGCGCAACAGGGCCUCCCGCCGCAGGGCCGCUCGCCGGCCGACAGUCUGAGCAGCGAGGGCAGCGAGCGCGACGAUCAGCGGCUCGAUUUCCACUCGCCCCUCGGCAUGGGCCGGCCCGGCCUGGACGAGCGCGACAGCCCGUCUGUCAAGCGGGUCCGCCUUUCCGAGGGCUGGGCCACAUGAUAAGCUCCGUCCCCCAAAAAGGAAACACCUCGACAGCCCCCGGCCUCCACCCUGGCGCCAACUCGACAUGAAGCUCAGCUCACGCAAUCUUGAUGUCUUUUUUUUUGUUUUUUGAUGCUCUCAAGUUCUAUCAGGAUGGGUUUUGAUUAAAUAUUCGGUUCCAGGUAGAAACGAGGGUCA